AUGCCUCUCACGAUACUCUCCGACUCUAAUGUCAAGGAGCUUCUCAACAACAUCACAGCCGGAGAUGUAGAGCUAUUUCAGGUCUCUUUACAGCAGGCCCUCCAUGAAUACUCGACCGGGAUCCGGGAAGAUGGCAGUGUGUCCAACGUUCAACCAGAGCGAACAGUGGUGGAAAAUGGAAAAGGAAACACAACCCUAUUCAUGCCCUCUACGAGCUCAUCUGGAAUCGGGGUUAAAGUGGUCACUCUCGCAACCCCAAGAGAUGAUGCCUCCGACUCGGCCUCGGAUGAUUCCGACAACAUUGCUCCUGCUCCUGUCAACAUAGUCACAACUCCCCAAGGGGCCCUUACACUGAUGGAACCUGAUGGCAGACCUAUGGGCUUUGUCAAUGCUGAGGAGUUAACCGCAUUCCGAACCGCCCUGGUGUCCUCCCUCCUCCUGACGCGCCGCUCGAAAGUAAAGACAUUGACAGUAUUCGGGGUCGGCAGGCAAGCACAUUGGCACGUCCGACUUGCGUUGCUUCUCCAUGGCAACACUAUAAAGCAUGUCCAUUUUAUCAACCGCAGUUUUAGCGACCGUGCAAAUCUGACAAUGAAGGCUUUCCUACAAUUCGACCCCGCAGUCAAAGAAAGGGAGGGUUGGGCCAACACAGCAUUCGGAAUGUUAACUCCAGGAUAUGGCGAAUAUCAUCGUCUAAUCAAGGAGCAACUCCGUGUCGCCGAUGUGAUAUUCUGUACAACGCCUAGCACAGAACCCCUCUUUGACCCCCAGAUCCUAACCAGCACGGAAGGCCGCAAAAGAGGCCGCCUCAUAGUCGCCGUUGGCAGCUAUAAAAAACAUAUGAUUGAGCUACCGCCAGAAAUACUCAAACAAGCUGUACAUAUCAGCUCAGGCCACCAUUUCCACAAACACGCCGAGGAAGGCCAGGUCGUUGUCGUUGAUACACUGGCGUGCGUGACGCAGACGGGCGAGCUCACACAGGCAAAUAUCAAGGAGAAACAAACUGUGGAGAUCGGUGAACUGGUCAUGCUUUCCCGCAUGGAUCCAAACUUACAUGCAGAAGACUCGCCUACCUUAGCAGGAAGCCCUCCCGAAUCAAGCGAAAUGUCCCUCGAAUCCCUCAAUAUCGGGGAUGCAGCGCCUGGAAGCAGUCUUGCCCGGGCGUUCCGCGAAAGUACGUCCUCACCGCCAGAUACUGCAGGAAACCGCUCAGGCUCCAAAUCUCCUCACCGCAAAUCAUCAUCGCUUUGGAAUCAUAGGCGAAGUGGGAGUUUCACUUCGCUUACUAAGAAGAAGAAACAGACGGAGAAAGAGGAUGAGAUGAGCAGGUGGUUGAGUCGGGGUAAUGUCAUUUAUAAGAGCGUGGGCUUGGGGUUGAUGGACUUGGUUGUGGGCAAGGAUUUGGUGAAAUUGGCAAGGGAGAAGGGGGUUGGUAUUGAGGUUAAGGAUUUUUGA